GUGUGCCUGAGAAGGGGAGGAAGCGAAGAAAGUGUUGCAGCCCUGUGAUCUGCCUGUGCACUGCCGCCGCCGUUGUAUGUCAGCCAGGCUGGAGAUCGUUGCGAAAGUGACCUGAUCGGGCUUGCAGAGGGAGAGAGAAAGAGGAGAGCCGGGCAGGGUGUGCAACCCGACCCCUUUCCAGCUGCCCCGGGCACGAGAGAAGAGCCAUGGGGACUCAGCGUAUCGGCGGGAGGUGAAGAAGAGGGAGGGCUGGGCGAGGAGGGCGUCGGGGUGGGAGGCAACACAUGCCUAACACAAUCAGGGAUGGGACCCACGUCUGCUGCUCCUGCUGCACCUGGACCUGCUGCUCGUCGGGAAGAAACAAGCAAGGAAAGAAGAAAUUGAGGGAAGGGGGCUUGAGGGGACGGGGGGAGAGACAGGAAGAAAGCGCCAGCAUCACCCGAAUUUAUAUACUCCUUUGAAGAAGUCUUUUCUUCGCCAGCAGGGGAAAAAAGGAGGGGAAGCCGUAGAAUUUCGGGCAAUUGCAAAGAGAUCAGAAAAGUCUGGAUUUAAAAAAGAAACAGAAACACGCACGCAGGGCUUGUUGGAUUUUGCACAGAGCGGCCAUCUCAGCUGGAAGCAAUUCUGGGGGCUUUUUUGGGUUGCAUCUAUGGAGUUACUUUGUAUCUAAUCCUAAAAUCAUCUUCGGAUCUUACGGGGCGGAUGGUUCGCCCCCUCCGCAAUGGUACCGGAUUAAUCUUUGCAAAGGAAUAGUCUAUGAACAUUUACGUUUCUGGAGCAUCACCCCGGCUCCUCUCUUGUAACCCCAGGGACAUUCUCAACUCUUGGAGGACGCUCUCUCGCAGCCAAGAUGGAAGAGAAACGGCGAAAGUACUCUGUCAGCAGCGAUAACUCAGACACCACUGACAGCCAGACAACAUCAGCUUCAAGAUGCUCCAAAAUUCCAAAUACAAAAUCUGGUUGGUCAAGACAGAAGGAGAAGAAACCCUCAGAGGUUUUUCGCACGGAUCUGAUAACAGCCAUGAAGAUUCCAGAUUCAUACCAGCUGAGCCCAGAUGAGUACUACAUCCUUGCUGAUCCCUGGAGGCAGGAGUGGGAGAAAGGUGUCCAGGUGCCUGCAAAUACAGAAACAAUCCCAGAACCAGCAGUUAGGAUCAUUCCUAUGCUAGAACAUUCUUCAUCACAGAUCUCCCCAAGCAAUUUGUCCAGUUCAGACAGCUCAGAAAUCACCAGGACAUACUCCCAACGAGUAAGCCGUUAUGAUCUGGAUGAAAUAGAUGCUUGCUGGCUGGAACUCUUCAACAUGGAGCUUAAGGAAAUGGAAAAGCCAGAAAUGGAUGAAUUCACCCUGGAAAGAGUGCUGGAGGAGCUGGAGACGCUGUGCUAUGAGAAUAUGAACAUCGCCAUCGAGACGGAGGAGGGCCUGGGCAUAGAAUAUGAUGAAGAUGUGGUGUGUGAUGUGUGCCGCUCACCAGAAGGAGAAGAUGGCAACGAGAUGGUUUUCUGUGACAAAUGCAAUGUCUGCGUGCAUCAGGCUUGUUAUGGAAUCUUGAAAGUUCCCAUUGGAAGUUGGCUUUGCCGAACCUGUGCUCUGGGAGUCCAGCCAAAGUGUUUACUCUGCCCAAAGAGAGGGGGUGCUCUAAAACCCACUCGGAGUGGGACAAAAUGGGUCCACGUUAGCUGUGCCUUAUGGAUACCCGAAGUUAGCAUUGGAUGCCCUGAAAAAAUGGAGCCCAUUACAAAGAUUUCACAUAUCCCAGCAAGCAGAUGGGCUUUAUCUUGCAGUCUUUGCAAGGAGUGUACUGGAACAUGCAUUCAGUGUUCCAUGCCUUCCUGCAUCACAGCCUUCCAUGUAACAUGCGCCUUUGAACACAAUCUGGAUAUGCGGACACUUUUAGCAGAGAACGAUGAAGUGAAGUUCAAGUCAUUUUGCCUUGAGCACAGCAGCAAUGCCACUAAGCCACCAGAUCAGGUACGGACAGAGGCAGAUCAAGGCAAACUGGAGAUGGAGAAGGUGACUCUGAGGAAACAAAAGCUCCAGCAGCUGGAGGAAGACUUUUAUGAUCUUGUGAAGCCCUCAGAGGUGGCUGAGAACCUUGAUAUGACCGAGUGGCUAGUUGAUUUUGUCUAUCAGUACUGGAAAAUGAAGAGGAAAGCCAAUUACAACAAGCCCUUGAUGAUGCCCAAAACAGAUGAGGUGGACAAUUUGGCUCAACAAGAACAGGAUGUGCUGUACCGGCGCUUGAGGCUUUUCACACACCUCAGGCAGGAUCUUGAAAGGGUUAGAAAUCUUUGUUACAUGGUGACCAGGCGAGAGAAAAUGAAGCACUCCAUUUGCAAACUCCAGGAGCAGAUCUUCCAUCUCCAGAUGAAACUUAUUGAGAAAGAUCUUUACCCAGAGCAAACUGGGAAGAGAACAAAGGGGAAAAGAAGUGACCCAAAAAGAAAAGGAAGAGAUGAUAGGAAAAACAGUCCAGAGAAGAAAGAAAAAAGGAAAUCAGGGAAUGAGUUGGUGCUGCAACAGCUGGGUUUGCCACCUUCCUUUCCAAUUGAUGGGACCUUCUUCAACAGCUGGCUGGCUCAGUCUGUACAGAUUACCACAGAGAACAUGGCAAUGAGUGAGUGGUCCUUGAACAACGGCCAUCACGAAAAUACCACCCCUGGCCUCUCUGAGGAACUUUUACAAGAUGAAGAAACCUUGUUAAGUUUUAUGAUGGAUCAUUCCUUGAAGUCCCCAUUGAAGCAGAGUGACACAGCAAAGAAAGCAAAAAGCAAACUUCGUACACACACUAAGAAAAAAACUGCAAGAAAUGGCUUGAAUACUGUCUUCAAAAGUCACCAAGAGGAGGAUUCAAAUCAGUGGACUAAUAAUGUGAAUUAUUUGCCAGAUGACACCAUAAAAUCUUUAUCCCAUGACUUAAGAAACAACAAGGCAGAGAAAGGUAUGGACAGACUUCAGCCAGAGCGCAAAGUGAUGUGUGAAGCAAAAAAGACAGCUAAGAAAGGUUCUCAUCCUGUACCUCCUCUUCCAAAAACAAAUGAUUCUCAAGCUUCCCAAGGUCUGAUAAGUAACUUAAGCAAUGAUGAACCAGUGAAAUGUCUCCCAUCUGAUCCCAACUCCCUGGUUAAAGUGCCUGACUCAGUAGGUAGUCCGAAAACAGUAGUGAGGUUCAAAUUACCAAAAGAGGGCAGAGGGAAUCGGAGAUCUCAGAAUGAGAAGAAUGAUAUGGUUAAUGGACCUUUGGGAAGUGAAAGAUCAAAGGUUAUCUUACACUCUUUUGACAAUGAGACUGAUGGCUACUUUUCAGAUGCAGAAAUGAGUGACUCCGACACAGAAUCCAGUAGCGGCAGAGGGCACUGUAGCCAGUUAGAUUCAGGAAAUGAGGAUAAUUUCAGAAUGAGUAUUUUGGCAUCCUAAUAGAUCAGAUAGACCAAUUGUGACAGUUCAUUGAGGCCUAGAUCCAGUUACAACUGCCAUGUCCCCUUUCUUCCUGGUAUCACAACAGAGGGUUUUAUUUUUUGUUUUAAUUUGUAUAUAUAGUUUUGAAAUUAGCACUGUUGUUUUUCCUCUUCCCUAUACAUCUGAGAAACAGCUGAAAGCUUCACUGACUUAGAGUAUAUACUGUAACAGUAGCUAGCCUUUCUUAGUCAAGACUUGCAUAUCCUGGUUAAAUGAAAUGCAAGCAUGUGCAUUAGUAGGAAAUUGUGCUUACUGGUAGUAAACAGGACAUCCUAGAAUUUCAUGAGGAGGUAUGAGAUUGCCAGUAUCUGUUGUUCAUGGAGGGACGACGGUUUUAUGGGCAUUAUUUAAACCAAGCAAGUAGAUUUCAUGGUCUGCCUGGUGUUAUUGCCUCUGUUUGGCAGGUUGUAGAAUGGGAGGACUACUACGGUAGCCAACUUAUAUUCAUGGAACUUAAUAGAAAGGUAAAUAUAUAUGUUUGUGUCUGUGUGUAUGCGCGCGUGUGCAGAAUUUGUCAGCGUGCAUGUCUGUGUGUGUACAACUAUGAAGUAAAAUAAGCGAUUAUUUUUUUAAAGAAGCACAACAAGCUUAUUUGAAGAAAGCACUUAAUGGGUGGAGGAAUACAACAUUGUAUUUAUGGUCUAGUAAAUCUUUGAUUUUUCUUUCUCACCUCUCCAGUUCAAUCAGAGUCCGUCCAAGGGGCCAAGAACCAAGAUUUAGCCCAGUCACUCCAGCUAUCCUCUGGGCACCACUAUAAACACUCAUCCAAGGCUCUCAGUAGUUAGAGAUGAAAUACAUAUCUCUGUUAAAGCUGCUCUGCUCUUUUAUCAGUAUCCCUCCUGAGUAACUUUUGGUAUUAUUUAUUGGUAUGACCUAACCUUUGGUAGUCUGAAGAAAUUCCCAUAAUUUACUCAGGUUGAAUGCAGUAGCCUUUUACCAAAACACUUGGCCAAAAUGGAGAUCAGAAGGGGAAGAGAUAAUUUCAUUAAUCAGAGAAGGAAAAUUAUUCAAAUGUGUGUGGGGGGGGGGGGAAUUGUUGUUUUUAAAAUCAACCAGCUUUUAUUCCCAACCUCAGAAAAGAGCUCGAGUCGACACUUUUCAGCAAAAAUAGCCAGAUUUUCACUUGACUGUGCAGGGAGAUGAACAUGUAAACUUCCUCUGUACAGAAGUGGACUUUUGACUGCAGAGUCUGGAUACAACAUUUGGAGGCAAUUGAACCACUUUGCCUUUGCCAUUUUGUUUCCUUGUCUAAACACUGUAACUAACUGGAUGGGCUUUCUCCUCUUCCCAUCCUUUCUUGUCAAAACAGAACUAGUAGCAAGCCAUCAACUCAUCAAAGGAGGGUAAUUCACAGAAGGUAACAUUCUAAACAUUACAAUAUUGUUGUACAUACAUUGUUUCUAAGAAGCCUUAAAGUGUCAUUCAAAAACCCACAUUACCUACGAGUCACUCAAAUUUCUAUGUUUGCACUUAAUUACACGAUUAUUUCAGUUUUGGCUUCAAAGGUCACAGCUAAGAUUUGCUAUAUGCUUUAUCGAAGUGACCCCAGUGUGAGCUCAGGGAACAAAAACGAAAAGUGAAGUUCACAAAAACUUUUUGUUGGCGGUGUGUAACUUUUUAAAAAAAUUACUGGGACACUUCUGCUUGUUGACCCAUCAUUUUCAAACUGGGGGAGACGAAGACCUUGCAGUUGUUCAGAUGAAUCAGUGAAAUUACUUUAUGGAUGCCAAAGAAUAUUUUGACAAUAAAAUAGCACAGCCAGAAACCAGAAACUUUUCAUUUGGAAAAGAAAAUGAAUGGAAGCUGUUUAGCUACAAAAGGACUAGAAACACGUUCAUGACACAGCUGAGGCGUUAGAUUGCAAGCUUGCCGAAGAUUAUGCUUUUCUCAUUUGGACCAUAUCCCAGCACUUUGAUUUCUGAUGCUCUUUGCUCAUUCCAAUCUGAGCAAUGUUGGGUUUUUGUUUUCUGAUGCCAGAAAUUGGCUGUUCUUAGCGGGUUUUUUUUUCUUUUGAGUCAGUCAUUUUACAAGCCUUCCAAAGUCCUUACCACUCCAAUUAAGCAACAACUUGGAGAAUCUUUAUUCUGAAAAGAAACCAAAACCAGGAGUUAAACACAUGUCAGUGUUUUACUGAUCUGAGAUGUUUUAUUUGCUAAAUGAUUUUUCAAAAGCAAUCUGACUUGAAAUGGAACAAUUCAAAAAAUAGACUAAUCCGUAUGGGUUGGCAAGCAAAUCUUGUUCCUUCAUCAAGGCUUGGUAUGUUCUGAUAAUGUUAAAUACAGUAAAUAGGACUUAGUUUUAUCUUAUCAAGCUUGCUAGGCUUUAGCUACAAUAUCCUCGUUAUGUCAUACAAAUAAUCAAUAUGCUGCCUUUUAAUGGAUCUUGCUUCCGUGUGCUUCAGUUCAACUAUAGCUAAAGAAAAAACAAAAAACCCAGAAAUCUCACUGUACACAGCUUCAUUCAUGAGCUACUGCAUUACUUGCCUGCUUAGCCAGUACAGGACAGCAAAAGGGACAAACUUUAAAGAACAACCAAACUAAAUCAACACCUUUAAAAAAAUUAGGUCAUAUAUAGCACUGUGAGAUACUCUGUUGUUAUUAUGAAUAAGAAGUAAUUGUGAACCAAAAACAAAUACGUGAAAGAAGCAUUGCAUGCUGAUCUUGGCGUUUCAGGAAACUCAUUGGAUACUCUGCAGAAAGUUUUAUAGAAAGCUCUUUACUAACUGUGAACUUACAACCCAAAGUACUCCCCAGAAUUGAUAAGGAGCAGACCCUGCUCACUUGAACUGUCAUGAUUUUGCAAACUGAGAAUGUAAAAAGGGGCUUCAUUGGGUGAAGAAUGAAAACAUGGAAGAGAAAUAUUCACUGGAAUAACUAGGGGAGAAGAAUCCAACGUUGUUCCUGACUAGAAUGUUUAAUUGGUUGUGUUAGAAAAUAUAUUUACUGCAUUCCUUGUAGAUAACUAUGCAGAAAGAUGAAUACUACUUUUUUACCAAGUGGCUUUGGUUAAAAAAAUUGGUAUUUUUGCAGAAUUGCUGAGUAAUCUGUUGAUUUAGACUCUUUAGUGUGUUUGGAUUGGUAAUAAUGUUCUUAAAAUUGACAGAGUUCUACAGAUACGAUAAAGGCCCAUGAGUGCCUUGGGACCAGUUAUAGUCUCUGGAGCUGUACAGGAGCCCAUGAAAGGGAAUGUUUGAUAACAAUGAAAAUCCAGCUCUGACUCUGCCCUCAACCGUUUCCAACACUGAAUCUUUCAUAUUAUGUCCUCUGCGACCCAAGAGGGUUAUUCUUGCUCAGUCGGUAUCCACCUGCAUAUCAAUCCAUCCUUUCAAUAAACACUCCAUUCCUCCUUUGCUGUUUAGCUUCCACUUUUUUUCCUUCAGAACGAACAAAAAAGAUUUGCAUAAAAGGAGAAGUUGAACAUGGAAAAUAUUUUUGAUGCACUAUAGAUGUAUUUUGAGAUGAACAGAGAAAAGAGCAUAAAUGGUCUAUUUUAUUAAACAAAUGUCUUUUAAGGUGAUACGUGAACUUCAAGCAUUGACAUUUGCACUGUAAAAGGGGGUUCCCAUUUGUUUUGGAAAAGCAGCAUCAUGCUUAUUAUGAACAUAAUAAUAAUAGUAAUAAUACUCAGCAGGAAUCGGACUUUGAUUUUAAAAUCUCGGUAUUGAAUGGAAUUUCCAAGAAACUGUUCAGAUUUUUUCAAACUUGCAGUUCCUUCCUAAACUGAGUGAGUUACACCCUUCUAAGUCCUUUGUAUCAAUAUGCUUAGAAGGAGAUAACUCUGCUUUGAAUGACACUGUGAUGAGUUUCCCUUCCUAGGUUUUCUGGAACAUCAUUAUUAUUGAAAAAUAAGUAUCUGGCAAUGCUUUUCCUCAAAGCACAAUUUGAGAAUUAGCCAUUUCUUUAUAAGGAAAAGAGGGAAAGAUCCGAUCACUCCUGUUUGUCUUUUUUCCUGAAUCCUUUUAAAUUAGGAUUUUGUAGCCUGUCACACAAAAGGACUUCAUUUUUUUGUUAUUCAAUAGGUGUGUUAAUUUGGUUGUUCUUUAAGGAAACACUUAAAUACUUUGCUCCAUUCCACACAGACACAUAACAGACCCACUCCAUAUCAAUUACAGGAAACGAUAUGAAUGUCACAGGAGGCAAAGCCCUUCUGUUUUCUUUGUUUCAAAGAAAGUGAUGUGCCAUUUGUUAAUAUAAAAGAGAAAUAUUGAAAAAUAUAUUGAAAAGAGCAAUUUUAAAUUAUUUUUGGCUUAUGUUGCAAUAUUUAUUUUCUUGUAUUAGAAAUUCCUUUGUAGAGAAAAAAUGUAUUUUUCAUUAAUGCAGAAACCUAUUUCUCCUUUUUGUACAUUUUCCAUGUUAGUUAAUCCUUAAAGCAAUAUAAUAUAUCAAAGUUGUUCUGUGUGAAAGCUGUAUUAUGCAUGCUGUUUGUGUUGCCUUGGAAUAGGUAUGUCUGCCAUAAUUUUCAUCAUGUUUUGAUUCAGUGUAUGCUUUAAUACACAUUGGGACCAUGGCCCAUUUGCUUAUGGGGAAAAAAACCUUUGCAGUUCUUCAAUGUGUUGGCAAAUGCAGUCAAUAAAGCUGUGUUUUCUGUGUA